CCUUCAAUGAAUGCCUUCGCAAUCUGGAGAGGCCGACCAAAAGCUGCGUCGCUGGGUGUGCGUCGAUGAAGUCGCCGUUCCCCCAUAGAAGGCGCAACCUCCGCACCCGUCUUUUCGUCUUCUCCUUCGUCGCCUUCGUGAUCGUCCUCUACGGCGAGGACUUCACGUGCAUCCUCGGCACUCCAUUCCGGCGACCAGAUGAUCCACCGCCGCAGCAGCAGCAGCAAGGAAGAGUCCCGAGAGAGAAGGACGAGGCGGUGGUGCCGUUCGCGGUGGGGAAGACGGAGGAGGGAUGCGAUGUCUUCGCGGGGGAAUGGGUGUACGACGAGUUAUCGAGGCCGCACUACGGCGAGGAGGACUGCCCCUACAUCCAGCCCCAGCUGACAUGCCAGACGCACGGCAGGCCCGACUCCGGCUACCAGCACUGGAGAUGGCAGCCGCAUCGCUGCUCUUUACCCAGCUUCGACGCCACCUUAAUGCUGGAAAUGCUUCGAGGCAAGCGGAUGAUGUUCGUGGGUGAUUCCUUGAACCGGGGGCAAUUCGUAUCCAUGGUGUGCCUCCUGCAUCGGGUCAUUCCAGAGCACGCCAAAUCCAUGGAAUCCUUUGACUCGUUCAUGGUCUUCACGGCCAAGGACUACAAUGCGACGAUCGAGUUCUACUGGGCGCCGUUUCUGGUGGAAUCCAACUCCGACAACGCCCUCGUCCACAGGAUCAAAGAGCGGAUCGUCCGACCGGGUUCCAUCAUGAAGCACGCUCGCCAUUGGAAGGGAGCCGACAUCGUCGUCUUCAACACAUACCUUUGGUGGAUGGCCGGCCGCAAAAUGAAGAUUCUGCGAGGGCCCUUUGGAGGUGACCCGAAGAACAUCACCGAUAUGGUGACGGAGGAUGCUUAUAGGCUGGCAUUGUGGAGGAUGCUGAAAUGGGUGGAGAAGAACAUGGAUCCUCGCAGCACCAGAGUGUUCUUCACAAGCAUGUCGCCUUCUCACCACAGUAGCGAAGAGUGGGGAGGUGAACCCCAAGGGAACUGCUACAACGAGACGACUCCCAUCGAGGACGCUACGUACUGGGGAACGAGCACGAGCAAGAGCAUGAUGCAGGUGAUCGGAGAGGUGUUCGACGCUACCAAAGUGCCAAUAACUCUGCUCAACAUUACUCAACUGUCGGAGUACCGGAAAGAUGCACACACCCAGAUAUACAAGAAGCAGUGGAGCCCGUUGACGCCGGAGCAGCUGGCUAACCCCAGAAGCUACGCAGACUGCAUCCAUUGGUGCUUGCCCGGCCUGCAAGAUACAUGGAAUGAGCUCCUGUACGCUAAACUCUUCUUUCCUUGAGGAGAGGUCCCAACUAAAAAGCACAAAAAGUUCACCAAUGGAUUCUCUGACAUUUUUUUGUCGUCAUUAACAUC